AUGGCGACUCAACGCUUCAGCGUAUGCGAACUAGUCGCCGAAGUGGCCAAAGAAGUGUAUGCUCUCGUGAUGGAGUGCGGUAUACGCCAGCGGCAACGACUUGCGGGGGAAGUUGGAACGAGGCUGGGUCAAAUUGCUCAGGAGUCAUUCGCUGGUUAUGAGCUUGACGAUGCGGCGGAAGCAGCUGCCGCAGGCUUGUUACAUACCCUACUUGAGAUCUGCAUGUUUCCAACUCCAGCCGGAAGCCAGGUCAUCCCUGGUCAGGACUACACGCUCAUAAUGACAUUGGUAAGGCCAGAUAACAGGUCGCGGUUAAAGAAGUCCAUAUGCCUGUCCUUCAUCACCAACAAGACGCUCCCGGUCAAAGCUAAGGAGCAGUGCGACGCGUUUUUGGCCAGACUUAGCCAAGAUGAGCCCAAGAAAAAAACUGGUCUUGACGAAAUCACAGCAGGAUCGGAGUUGCCGGAGCCUGAUGACUUUCCUCAACAUGUCAGUAGAAAUCUCUUUGAGGCUCUUCACCAGCACGCAUAUUGCCAUCAUGUCGAAAUGGGGCAGGAGAAGUCUUGGCUGAGUAAAUCCAAGAAGAUGAAGCCUCAUCACCAUGAACUGGCUCAUCCCAUCAGACUGCACCUUGAUGCGAAGCCACAAAUACAGAGCAAGCAUGCGCAGUUCGAGGUCGUGAUUUCUUCAGACAAUAUGAGUUACUGGCAGCACUUAUGGCUCGGUAUUCCUAUGCAAACGAAAGGUCGCAGAGGCGGUGUCAAUUUCGCAAACCUUUCCAGUGACGAGGAGGGAGAUGGUCAAAUAUCUAACCUGAAACGGAUCAACUCGGACUACUUCUGUCAAGUAUUAAAACGUCAGCUAUUCGCCAAACUUAAUCUCAACUUUGUCAAAGGCGUUGGUCUUGUAUCCCUUCCGCCACCUGCUCCUCUUGAGAGAUUCUUAUGCCCAGGCCAAGGGCUUCCACUGUCUCUAGCCAUCCAAAGCUAUAAGUUGACAGACAAGGACAAGAUCUUACUCGCUCAUGCUAUUGCACAUUCUUUCUGGCAGUUCUACGAAUCGGACUUAAUGAAAAACCGCUGGACGAGCGAUGAUAUCUGGUUCAUGAAUGAGAUGGAUCACCAGCAUUCGCCGAAAGAUCAACUUGCACUGCGCGUGUAUAUGCCACUUGACUUUGAAUAUCAGCAAAUAAACUUGAAGGAUGAAGAAAGGUCAAUGCUGACGCACCCGUUCCCGCACGUCCUAGGCCUGGGACUUAUACUCCUACAAAUCGGACUCUCAAGGCCUUUUAAGUCGAUGACGCACUUACCGCUUAUCUCUCGACUGAACAGAGAUCAUGGUGCCGCAAGACAAUUACUGGGUGAGCUGGAAAAGGCACAAUGGGCGCGGUCGACACACCGGGAUAUCUUUGCAAGAGCAGUGGCGAAUUGCCUAGAUCCCAGAACAUUCACCGCUUCUACCCCAAAACCCAGGACAACCAAGAGUUCUACAAAGGAUGGCCUUGCCAUCAGCGCUGGCGAAGACGGUAUAAGACGGAAAGUCUAUACUGAAAUCGUCGAACCGCUAUCGAAACUCGUUAACAUCGCCUUCAAAGCUGACGCUAAAUACGUGUCCUACUUGUCGAGAUGCAAAGAGGUCGAAACUCACAAUAAGCUGCAUUCCCAAGUGGCCUCAUUCCAUACAGGAAAGACAAUAGUUCCGGAGGAAUGGUUAGACAACUUGAAACAUAUCAGUAUGCACAUCAUGAACCUACGGGAGGAAAAGCCAGACCACGACUUCAAGCCAGUCAAGAUAGCUGUUUUAGAUACAGGAUGCGAUGCAAAUCUGCCAUUUUACAAAAUCCUGAGAAGGAAGAAGUCCAUAAGGGCGUGGAAGGAUUUUGCAAGUGAUAAGGGCGAAGGCAUAGGUGGAACAGACUGUAUGGAGGAUCAAUAUGGCCAUGGCAGCCUGAUGACCAGAUUGAUCAUGGAAGCUGCUCCGCUAGCUCACAUUUAUCUAGCCCGAGUUGCGAAAAAUACUGACGAGCUCGAGUAUAGCAGUGACCAAAUAGCUCAGGCAAUCCUAUGGGCUGGACUAGAAGUGGACGCUGAUAUCAUCUCUAUGUCCUUUGGCUUUCCCCACGACGAUAACACCAUCUCUGCCGCUAUAGAUGAUGUUGAGCGAAGUCGACAUAUCAUAUUCAUGGCGAGUGCGGGUAACAACGCAGCUUACCAAAGAGAAGCUUUUCCCGCAAGACAUCGAUCCGUCAUCUCCAUAAGAGCAACAGAUUGCCAGGGUACCUUCAAUGCAAGCAACCCACCUAUAGUUGACAGAAAUAGUAUAGCUCUCGGCACGUUCGGUGAUAACUUGCCAACACGACUCAACAAUGAGAUCACGAAACGAUUUGGCCCUCACAUCUGCCAUCCUGGAUCAUCUAUAGCAACGGCAGUGGCAGCUGGUAUAGCAGCAUCAACGAUUGCAUACGCAGAGGUCCUCUCGACAGUUCUUCCCAUACCGACGGAACAAAGUCCAGUAAAGUCUUUGAGGAAAACUGAGGGUAUGAGAAGAUUGUUGGAAAAGAUGGCACCGGAUCAGACAGGGAAUAAUAGGUUUAUAAACCCGAUAUGGUUCUGGAGUGAAAAGGCGGACGCAUGGAGGGCAUGGGCCGCUAUGUAUGAUGCAGUAUCACCAUUUAUGUACCGAUAA